AUGAUAGGCAGCAAAGCAUCAUGGGAAGAAGGUAAUCAAAGUGACCAAGGAGAAUUCAUCUUACUGGGAGUCUCUGAUCAGCCCCGGCUGGAGAUGUUGCUCUUUGCAAUUAUCUUGGUCUGCUACAUGAUGACCCUCCUGGGAAACACAGCUAUCAUAGUGGUGUCACGUUUGGACCCCCAUCUACACACCCCCAUGUAUUUCUUCCUCAACAGCCUCUCCUUCAUUGACCUCUGUUACACCACCAGCCUUGGCCCUCAUAUGCUGCUGAACUUCUGGAGGAAAAGGAAAACCAUCAGCUAUGGUGGCUGUGCAGCUGAGUUGUACAUUUCUCUUGGUUUGGGCUCUACAGAAUGUAUUCUUCUGACCAUCAUGGCCUAUGACCGUUAUGCUGCAGUCUGUCAUCCACUGCGUUACACUGCCAUCAUGAACCACUCUGUAUGUUUCAAAAUGGCUGCCUUCUCCUGGGUGAGUGGCUUCAGCAACUCACUUGUGCAAACAGUGCUGACUCUUAGACUCCCAAGGUGUGGACGGAACCAGAUAGACCAUUUUUUCUGUGAGGUGCCAGCCUUAGUUAAACUGGCCUGUGCUGACGUCCACUCGUUGAACCUCUCCGCUUUUUUUUUCAGUUCACUAAUACUUGUACUCCCAUUGGGUCUCAUUGUACUCUCUUACAUCUACAUUGCAGCUGCUGUGUUCAAGAUCCGCUCAGCUGAGGGCAGGCAGAAGGCCUUCAACACUUGUGCUUCUCACAUGACUGUGGUGUUGCUCUUUUUUGGCACAGCCAUUUUCAGCUACCUCCAGCCCCCAUCCAACUACUCCCACAACCAAGGCAAACUGAUGGCCCUUUUCUAUACAUUUGUUACCACCAUGCUGAAUCCACUCAUCUAUAGUCUGAGGAACAACGAGGUGCAUAGAGCUCUAAGAAGAGCAAUGAAAUGCAAUCCAGCAACAUAA